AUGUCCCGAACAGCCUCAUCAACAACAACCCACUCGGCCAGCAACAAGGAACAAUCUUCACUCUUUACCCAAGAGUUCAUUGAUAAUUUGCGGGAUGAAUUGCAAAAAGUAACCAAUUCUCUAGAAGUAAAUUUUUCUGUUCCAAAAUUUCAGAUUUGCAAAUUCUUUGAAAAGUUAAUUCAAGGAUUUGAUGAACAACAAAAAUAUGACAGUAUUUUACUAGCAAAGUCUAAUGCUCCGAACAAAGACUAUAUGGUGAAUAUAUUCCGAGAGAUAAUGAGAUGGAUAUUUAUGAUAUCCGAUCAACCUUCGUCAUUCAAACAAGCACAAACGUCCAAUUCUGAACAGCAUCAAGGAAAAGAUGCGCUUCGGCUUGAUGCGUGCACUCUUCCGAGUACUAUUUCCGAAGAACUAUUAGAUGAGUACCGAAAAUUAAUUUUAAACGAUGUUGAGACAUUUCGACAAAUUAUCAGAUGGAUUAUUUCAUUAUUAUUCAUCAAUGAGUCGAAGCAUGUCCAUAAAUAUGUGCAAUGGGGACUACAACAGGCUCAAAAUCACAUCAAACAAGGUUUAAACGUAGAUUUGAACACGGAAAUUAUUAGAGUCACUCAAGUAGCUUUCACAGAAGAAAUGACAAAGCUUUGCAGUGUGUUGUUUGAGCUUCGGCUAAGCGCAACUAGUAAUGCUUAUGUUAUAGAGGAAGAAACAUUAACAUAUCAAUGCAGACAAUUAGAACACAUCAUCGAACUUGAUGCUGUUCAUUUUGGAGAAACUUUAGAACAAUUCCUAUUUAUUAUUUUGUACAAAUUGGCCAAGGUCAUUGAACAUACAGUAUCCCAAAACGCCAUGACAGGUGAACUACUUUUUGAUAUUGUUUUUGGAUCUACUAAGCUCUCAUUGGCAUAUAUUAACAGAUUUGUGUCAGCAAUAGAGCAAGCAUUUAAAUAUUUUCAACAGAACAAAGGUCGAGAUGUGACACAAAGCAACAUAAUGGAACUGCUUUCUUUGGACAAUGAACAUUUAGAAUCAAAAUAUGGAGUGAUGUGGGAGGCUCUUAUGACCCUUAGUUGCGUGAGCUUUAAAUUUGUCUUUGAGAACUCUUUCCCAAGAGACUGUAAGCGAGUGGGAGCACUCUUAAUUCUGAGACUUGUAGACUUGUCAUUUGAAAAUAAGGAUGCGCUCAUGCAGAUGCUAUUUGAGGUGUUUAUCCGAGAUUUUAUUAAUACCGACACCGGAGCAUUGAGCUUUUCUUUUCUUUCUGACAAGUCACAACAGUAUACCUAUACAAAGCAGGACAUUGAAAACAUUUCUCGAAAAACUAUCCUGGGAAUUGACUCUCAAAGCUUCAAGGACAUUUUGAUCAAAAGUAAUCAUGUGACCAAGAUGGCUUGGUUUUCAAGUGUCAUUAGCGCAAUGACUGUGGCAAAGCUUGAUGUUGAUGUUACAUGCAACGGACAUUCCUAUAAUUUACUUUUUGACGGAUUUUUUUCGCUUCUGAACUACUAUUGCCUGGAAUCUAAAGAUUCUGAUCUAAAGCUAUUCUCAAUUUUGAGUUAUGGGAACAGCCUUGUUUUCGUACAACAAUAUGCAAAAACACAAAAAAUGUCAGCAAUGGAUGCUGACACUAGGCUUCUAUUUGAGACCAGGCUAUGUAAUCUUCUUAAACAAGCAAUUCAAAUAGUGUUUAGAAAUAUUGAGAACCCAAUUUAUGACAUUUUUGCUAAAAUGAGACAGUUAUUUAUGGAUGUUUUGGACUUAAGAGAUGAUUUAACACUAGGAGAAAUCAAGUCACAAAUUGAUUUGACUGUGAUGGCCAAAAACCUGCUAGAAACUGAAUGGACAAGAAAAGGAAAAUACAUUUCAUUGAUUGCUCUGUUAUCUAGGGUUGGAGCUGCAAAAAUGCAUCAAUUAUGUCCAACAGUAUUCUCUAACACUCUCUCAGUUUUUGGACAUUUGAACGGAAGCGUAAAUGGAAAUGCUAGUUUGUUUUACGAAAGAAUGGUUAGCGAUAUGUUCAAGGAUUGCAAGAAGGACCAAAAUCUGAUUUCCAAAUGGGAAGAAAAUUGUUUGUCUCCCGUUAUCAAUUUCCUUGCACUUUGUACAAAGAAACAGCGGUCAGCAGUUUUCAUUCACUUGUUUCCAAAAUUAUUGAAGGUUAAUCCUCAUUGUCUUGGAUUCCUUGUGAAUGGAUUCAAAACACAGUUACAUUUUGCAAACACUUCUGCUGAGUAUUCUGCGUUGUUGCAUUCCAUCAUAUUCACUCUUAAAACAGCUAAAAGCUUGACCAUAUACGAAUUAGACUUUGAACGAGAUUUAUCAUUCAUUGAGAAGGCAUUCAUUCAUAACGACCACGACAUACGAUUGGAUGCAUUCGAUUUGGUGAUUACUUCUACGAAAAAGACAGCCAUGCCUUCCAAGAUUGAAUUAGAAUUGGUCAUCAAGUUUAUCAGACUUAAUUUACGAGGAUGUAAAAGCUCUUUUAGAUAUGGCUUUGGAGAUGCUAUUGAACGUUUUGUUAAGCGAGUUAAUGAAAUUGCCAUGAGGAUAUUCCUGCUACAUCAAAGGAAUCAAUCAUUGGAUCUACUCAUGGAGAUCUCACUUCCCACAACUUUGAAAUUGCCAGAAAAGAAACUAGAUGAAUUGCACAAGGACAGGGAUUCCUAUGCGUUAUUGAUGAAUUUCUUGUAUGAAUAUGCAUUUGAGGUGUUUAACUCACUUUAUCCUGGGUGUCCUCAUGAACGCUUGCUUGUUGCUCUUGAUUGCUGCAAGAGUUUGUUGAAAACCUUUGCCAACAAUUUCACCAUUGACGUGUUUUAUCCAACCAAUUCAGAAAAGCAAGUUACAUGGAAAAGAAUGAGCCUGUUUUCUUCAAAGAUCGUGUUAUCAUUGCUCAAUACUUUAGGGAGCUGCUGGGAUAAAGUGAGGGUGGUGAUCUAUGAAUUAUUAUUGUUGUUCCCAGCACCGUUGAGUGGCUUUGAAGAUCCUGAAACAGUCAAAAUACUUGCCACGAAUGCGUUUGAGCUUAUCAAAAGCCCCAGACUUCGAGAAUCAGAUGCUGGAGCACUUCUCUAUCGAUUACUCUUCAACAAGUAUUCUCGAGAUUUGAACUGGGAGCUUCAACUAGAGGAUCAACCCAUUAUUUCCAAGAAUGGACAGACAGACAACACAGUUUCCACUCAAUUAACCUUCUGUAGAAAGCUCACCAAGCUAUUGAAAGAAAAAACAGAAUCAUGUUCACAAAGUAUUUUCAACAUUGCCAAAGGUUCAGCUCUAAUAGGAAUUUUACAAACACUCAUCUACAUUAUUUCGGAUUUGGAUUUUUCAAAAGAGAAACACUUUGCAACUGAGUGGCGACAAUGGAUGGAAGACCUAGUUGGUACCUUAGAACUAGCGUGUAGCAUGUCUGUCAAGAUUAUAGCAGGUAUCUCCACAGGAGAUUCUGAAAAUGGUGAAGACGGUGUUGGAGUUGAUUGCCGUGGACAUAUCUAUUUCGACAAUGAUGAGGAAGCUACUGAGGAUAGCCAUUCAUUAACUGUGAAUUGUUGGCUUGCUGUGAAAGGUGCAGCAAUGCUUAUUGCUACCAUCGUUCAACAUGUCGAGUUGUAUCCUGAUCCACAAUGUAGAGAUGAAUUAUCACCAGAGUGCAUGCUCACUUUUUCACAAGUCGAAAAAUUGGGUGACAUUUUGUUGAAUGUACUACUAAUGACAAAACAUAAUGGUGCUAUUGAAAAGUCUGCAGUUGGAUUUAACAUGCUGUGUAAACGAUUAAUAACAUGCGGAGUUGAGAAAUUGGCCAACAUUCCAACGAAAUGGACAAGAUACCUUCUCGAUGGUAUUGGGAAAGAAGAUUUAUUUAGCAUUUUGAGAAGAUCUGCAGGAUUGCCAUGGACAUUUGCUGCUAUUAUGAAAGCAGAGCCAACUGCCCUCCCUAAAAAGCUUUUACCAGAAACAAUGGAAUAUUUACUUAACAUUGCUCUUAAUAAGGACAACUAUAGUACUAAUCAAAUAGUCAACGCAUUGAAUGUUUUGAGAUUCUUGUUCCAUGAUGCAAGUUUAGGAACCUAUGUUCAACAAUUUGUAGAAGAUGGAUUUAUUGUGUCCCUCAAAGGAUUUAGCUCCACGGUUUGGGCCAUUAAGAACUCUUCAUUAAUGGUGUAUACUGCUCUUCUUCAUAGAUCAUUUGGAGAUAAUGAUUCCAAUAAGACUGGUAUCGAAUUCUUUACAAGAUAUUCUCGAUUACGAUCUUUCUUACUUGAACAAUUAGAUCUUGUAACCAAUGAGAAUAGAGAACAAAAGAGAGUGCUUCACCCUAGCCUUUACCCAAUGUUAUUGCUAUUAUCUCGUUUGAGACCAUCUUUAGAGGAGAACACUGAUGCUGAGAAUAACUCUGUUUCUGCUUUCAUUCCAUAUGUCAAGAAGUGCUUCACAAUGAUUCAUCAUAUGGCACGAUCAAUUGGAGCAAGAGCUUUGGAGCCUUUGAUUCCAUCUGUUUUAGUGAAAGAAUGCGUUUUGGAGUCUAUUUCCAGACUUCCAUCACAAGUCUCACAAAUUGAAAGCCAAAAUCAAUUACAUGGCCUUUUAUGCCAAAUUAAUAGAUUUGUUACUACAAGCUUCAAAGGACUGGAAAAUGUGCAAGAGUUUUCAGUGGAGUGUCUGUCACAGUUAAGCACCAGUUGUGUAGGAACAUUAGAAAAUAGAUGCUUCGGAACGAGAUCUGUAUUCUUUGAAAUUUUUUACCAUUUGAUACGAUUUACAUAUGCCAAUAUACCUCAGCAUAUUGUUGAAUCAUUGUGGAAUUGUGCUGUGAAUACCCUAUUUUCUGAAAAUGAUUCAACAACCGGACAGCCUUGGAAACAAGAAAUGUUUGGAAAUGCUGCUACAUUAACUUGCAUGCUUUAUUUCUAUUGUAAAGAGGACACAGAUUCAAACUUUAUUUUGAAUCUAGUUAGACACUCAGUAAUGGAUGUAAGAAGAGCUAUCAUGAAAUUCCUUUCUAAGAAGGAGCACUUUACUCACAUCAAAAAUUAUUUAACAGUACAGCAAAUCCGGCCAAUAAUAUUAGAACAUGCAUUAUUUACAGAAACAGAUGCUGAGUGUGCUCGUUUUGGAUUGGCUGCACUUGUCACACUUUAUACUCAAUCUGAAGCAAACAUCUACCAAGAUGUGUCAAACAUGGAGCACGAAUUUCCAGGAAUCACCAAUAGAGUCCCUGAAAGACUCUUUUAUUUGUACAAAAAGGAUGCAAAUACUUUUAUUCAUCAACAUGUUGUGGAGUUACUUGGUCUAUUUAUUCCAACACUCCUCGACACUGAUCCGAACGGCAAGUUUGUCAAAAUGUGGCUUAAAAUUAUUGAGCAUGCAUCAGAUCCAGUUCGACAGAGCCACGUAAGAGCAGCAUGUAUUGAAAGCAUUGUACAUUCGAGAAUUUUAUACUCUUUGAGCGACGAAUUGUGCAAAACAAGAUUUAUUGCUUGGACUUGUCUCAUCACACUGCUCCAAGACGAAGAUGAUGAAAUUAGAGAGAGAGCAUCACUAGUUCUAUCUCCCUUAAUUGCUUCCUUUGAUGGAAGUGAAGCUGCAGAUCAUGCACAUUGCUCUGAGCUUCAGAGAGAAUUUGUGAUUGAAAGAACCUUUGCUUUGGUUGCUGAAAAGUUUUCACAUCUCGAUGAAUGUAAAAACUUUUUAUUCUCUUGUAUUUCACUUCCUGAAGCAUUUAAUGAAAAGCCACAAAACUAUGAAAUCAUUCUUCCAUUUAAGAACAAUGACGAAGAAACAAUGCUCUUUGAAAAGGAAGAAGACAACGUAUUUACUGAAGAAUUGGCAAUUUCACAAUUAGCGUCGUUCCACCUCUCAGCACUGAAAACUCUAAAUGAAACUAUGAAACAAGAAAUGGUUUCCAAGUUAGAGAAACAAGUAACAACCAUUUUACAAGUGUUAUCAAAACAGAGAAAACAACAACUUGGAUUAUUUUGGAUUGGAAAUUAUUCCUAUCAACCAACUAUAUUUAUUACUUUGGCUAAAUUGAUACUCUCCAUGAACGCACUUGGACAUUCCAUGGUUGACCUUCAACAAUUGUCAUCUUUUAUGGAGAAUCAAGAAAUUAAGGAUUUGAAUUAUUUGCUGGAUCCUCAAUUUAACUUUUUCCUGUUGUCUCAAAAGUAG